AGGACUCUUUAUGACAAGUUUUGAGUAAAAUUUCAGAACUUCUUUAACUACAAAACCCCUGUAAGGGAGCAUUGUAAGAAGGCAAAACAAUGUGAGCUUGUAUUUUUACCAUUGCACCUACUUCCACAGAGGGCUCUAUCUAGCAACCAACCUGAGAAGUGGUCAUGUUCACUGCAAGUGUAAUUGGAGUAGCUGCUUUACACCAGAGCCAAAGCACUGGUGUGACCUGGGUGUGAAGCAGAGAUGCUGUGUCAUUUGUUGAUGGGUUCUGCAAUGUCAUGUUGAGGUUGUACCUCUUUAUCAAUAAAAAUAAGAAUCAGUGUGCAGGUCCACCACCGACUUUCUGGCAAUUGGUGGUCCAGUCCCGACUGUAAUACAAACAAAAUCCCCCUCACACCCCCAGUUCCCCCUGAAAAUGUGGCGGCUGGGGAGGCGCCUGGGAGAGCAGGCUGGGAGAGGCGGCUGAUCUCAAUCCCAUCUGGACUUCAGCGCCACUUGGCGGUCGAAUUUGCUGCCUGCAGCCAGGGCUCUGGAAUUCCGACCUGGUCAGAGCUGGCAGACCCAUUCCCAUAGCUGACCUCUUCAGCUGACUUUGCGGGCCCCUCCGAGGCCAUGACGUCCGUUGAACUGGCAAAACAGAUCAUCCAGAAAGGCUCUGGAACCAAGGGUGCCAGAAACUCGGUGGCGGACCUGUCGAUACCUUCUUUUGUUAUUUUUCUGAAUAACGCAUGAAAUGCUUGAUAUUGUUCAUCACUCUUUCAUAUUGAAAUUUACAAAUAUCUUGUUUGCACAAGGUGAACUACUUGGCUAUCUGUGUAAGAGGUGAGCUAGAAGUAGCCUUGCUGUAAAUAUUAAACCAGGCACACCCAGUUCUCUAAAAACCACUUAUUCCAAGUGUCAUAGACUAAUUUGAGCUGAUUGCUUCUCAGUAACGACUCCAAUUUCCAAAAAGAAGAUGGAAGACACCAGCUGUUUCAAGAACAAAUUAGUUUCAAGUUCACCAUCAGUUACUUUCAUCGACUAGCUGCCGAAUACCAAUUUUUCACCUGCAUGAAACUAGUUGUAUUUAAUUAGGCAAUAAUGGAUGCUUCUGCUUAAUCAUUAGUUUGCUAAGAUGUUGCAGUGAUUGUAAUACGACAAAAACACGCUGAAUUUAUAAUGGAUGCUGCAAGAAAGUAAGAUUUAGGUUGCUCCCAUUGGAUUGAAGUUGAGACAGAAAAAUCUGUUUAAUAAAUAUAAACAAUAAAUAUUUUUUUAUUGUGAAACUGAUUAAAAAUAAGAAAAUAUAACUGAAAGAAAUGAUGAUUUUUAAAUAGACCUUCAGAUUUUCCACUUCAGUGUAUACAUCAAGUUACUAAUGAGAUGUUUUUGCAGAACAGAUGAUAAUUGCACAGACUGCUGUUACUUUUGCAUAUUACGUUUCAGUUAAAAACAAUACAAGACAAAUUAAGCUGAUAAUAGGAUAGUAAAACCAAGUUGUAAAUGCUGUCAUUGCGGGAACACGGUUCAACUGAUGAGGAAGAUUUAUCAGAUAGAUACAUGGCACUCUUUCAUUACGCUAUAAAAACACAAGAGGUUCUGAAGGGUUAUAAAUGCAAAGGAAUAAAAGUAGUGGAAGAGAAUGACCCAAUGUACCCCAACCUCGGGAUUAACAUUCCCGUCACGCACUGGAUACAAUUGUGGAGUGCUGCUGACAAUUUUUUUCUUUCUAUAAUGUGGAAUGAAAUACCAGUCUGUUUCAAGAACAACUACACAAAGAUAGGAUGUCACUGGCUCCAGACUUAAUCUUCUGUUUAAUCCUGAAAAGAUCAACUGCAGUGUAGUUGUAAAAGUUUCAUCACAUUAAAUGCUCUGUAACAUUGUGAAUACACAAAUAGAACAACAUAGGCAUUAGGUCACCCAUGUUAUUGAUGCGAGAGUGAGCGAGAGAUCUUUCUCGAGGUAUUCUCCUGCUUUUAAUAGGUCCGGUAUUGUUCCUGUCUGUAAAGCCUUGGUUCAGUUUGUAGGAAAAGGGGAAUCUAAAUCAAUAGUCCACUUGUUGGGAACAAAUGAAUUAUUCUUACAUGAAUGUAAUGCAGCACUUCCACAGCCCACUGAACAGCUUUGUGAAGGAGAUGAACUGUGCAAAAUCAUCUGCAGCUCUCAGUAAUAACGCAUUGUGCAAGUUAAUUUUUAUUUCAUAUACUGGGACAAGACUCUGUCCUUGUGUAAGAACAACUUAUGAAAGGGAAAAAAAAAGUCAUUGCAAUGAAACAUGAUACAUGAGAACAUCUUAAGUGCGUUUGGGGGAUAAAGCACCUCACAGUGUGUUAAACCCUCAGAAGUGUACCUUGCAAUGGUACAUUUUUCAGCAGAUCUGCGUGAUUGUGGGGAAUAGUGCACUGCAAAGAAUUUGUGUGACUAAAGUGCUAAUUGCUUUUAAUGUAAUGUGAUGUGCAAGCUCCCCAGGUGCAUCAGAUCCGUUCGAGUACUUUACAUAUUGGGUACAUUUUGUUCCGUGUGUAAAGUACAAUUUCUUUACCGAGACUAGCAUGCUUAACGUAAUACGUCAGUAAAACCUUUUUUCUCUAAUUAAUCUAACGAAGAUCUUUGACUUGACCAGUGAUGAAUGUACGAAAAGUGGCAGGCCGGCAAAUCCAGGGCAAAAAUCAAAAAGGGCCACUUUUCAGCAUAAUAGUAUGAGGGGUAAGAGUGUUGUAAAAACAGGCCUGAAGGCUUUGUGUCUCAAUGCAAGGAGCAUUCGUAAUAAGGUGGAUGAGUUGAAUGUGCAGAUAGCUAUUAAUGACCAUGAUAUAGUUGGGAUCACGGAGACAUGGCUCCAGGGUGACCAAGGCUGGGAGCUGAACAUCCAGGGAUAUUCAAUAUUCAGGAGGGGAGACAGAAAGGGAAAGGAGGUGGGGUAGCGUUGCUGGUUAGAGAGCAGAUUAACGCAAUAGAAAGGAAGGACAUUAGCUUUGAGGAUGUGGAAUCGAUAUGGGUAGAGCUGCGAAACACUAAGGGGCAGAAAAUGCUAGUGGGAGUUGUGUACAGGCCACCUAACAGUAGUAGUGGAGUUGGGGAUGGCAUCAAACAGGAAAUUAGAAAUGCGUGCAACAAAGGUAAAACAGUUAUAAUGGGUGACUUCAAUCUACAUAUAGAUUGGGUGAAUCAAAUUGGCAAGGGUGCUGAGGAAGAGGAUUUCUUGGAAUGUAUGCGGGAUAGUUUUCUAAACCAACAUGUAGAGGAACUAACGAGAGAGCAGGUUAUUCUAGACUGGGUAUUGAGUAAUGAGGAAGGGUUAGUUAGCAGUCUUGUUGUGCGUGGCCCCUUGGGCAAAAGUGACCAUAAUAUGGUUGAGUGCUUCAUUAGGAUGGAGAGUGACAUCGUUAAUUCAGAAACAAGGGUCCUGAACUUAAAGAAAGGUAACUUUGAGGGUAUGAGACAUGAAUUGGCCAAGAUAGACUGCCGAUUGAUUCUUAAUGGGUUGACGGUGGAUAUGCAAUGGAAGGCAUUUAAAGACUGCAUGGAUGAACUACAACAAUUGUUCAUCCCAGUUUGGCAAAAAAAUAAAUCAGGGAAGGUAGUGCAUCCGUGGAUAACAAGGGAAAUCAGGGAUAGUAUCAAAACAAAAGAUGAAGCGUACAAAUUAGCCAGAAAAAGCAGCCUACCAGAGGACUGGGAGAAAUUCAGAGACCAGCAGAGGAGGACAAAGGGCUUAAUUAGGAAAGGGAAAAUAGAUUAUGAAAGAAAACUGGCAGGGAACAUAAAAACUGACUGCAAAAGCUUUUAUAGAUAUGUGAAGAGAAAAAGAUUAGUUAAAACAAAUGUAGGUCCCUUGCAGUCAGAAACGGGUGAAUUGAUCAUGGGGAACAAGGACAUGGCAGACCAAUUGAAUAACUACUUUGGUUCUGUCUUCACUAAGGAAGACAUCAAAAAUCUGCCGGAAAUAGCAGGGGACCGGGGGUCAAAUGAGAUGGAGGAACCGAGUGAAAUCCAGGUUAGCCGGGAAGUGGUGUUAGGUAAAUUGAAUGGAUUAAAGGCCGCUAAAUCCCCAGGGCCAGAUAGGCUGCAUCCCAGAGUACUUAAGGAAGUAGCCCCAGAAAUAGUGGAUGCAUUAGUGAUAAUUUUUCAAAACUCUUUAGAUUCUGGAGUAGUUCCUGAGGAUUGGAGGGUAGCUAAUGUAACACCAUUUUUUUAAAAAGGGAGGGAGAGAGAAAACGGGGAAAUACAGACCAAUUAGUCUAACGUCGGUAGUGGGGAAACUGCUAGAAUCAGUUAUUAAAGAUGGGAUAGCAGCACAUUUGGAAAGUGGUGAAAUCAUUGCACAAAGUCAGCAUGGAUUUAUGAAGGGUAAAUCAUGUCUGACGAAUCUUAUAGAAUUUUUCGAAGAUGUAACUAGUAUAGUGGAUAAGGGAGAACCAGUGGAUGUGUUGUAUCUGGACUUUCAGAAGGCUUUCGACAAGGUCCCACAUAAGAGAUUAGUAUACAAACUUAAAGCACACGGUAUUGGGGGUUCGGUAUUGAUGUGGAUAGAGAACUGGUUGGCAGACAGGAAGCAAAGAGUAAGAGUAAACGGGUCCUUUUCACAAUUGCAGGCAGUGACUAGUGGGGUACCGCAAGGCUCAGUUCCGGGACCCCAGCUAUUUACGAUAUAUAUUAAUGAUUUGGACGAGGGAAUUGAAUGCAACAUCUCCAAGUUUGCGGAUGACACGAAGCUGGGGGGCAGUGUUAGCUGUGAGGAGGAUGCUAGAAGGCUGCAAGGUGAUUUGGAUAGACUGGGUGAGUGGGCAAAUGCAUGGCAGAGGCAGUAUAAUGUGGAUAAAUGUGAGGUUAUCCACUUUGGUGGCAAAAACAGGAAAGUAGAUUAUUAUCUGAAUGGUGGCUGAUUAGGAAAGGGGGAGAUGCAACAAGACCUGGGUGUCAUGGUACACCAGUCAUUAAAAGUGGGCAUGCAGGUGCAGCAGGCAGUGAAGAAGGCGAAUGGUAUGUUAGCAUUCAUAGCAAAAGGAUUUGAGUAUAGGAGCAGGGAGGAUAAGAGGGAAGUCUUUUAGGACCGAGAUGAGAAAAUCAUUUUUUACACAGAGAGUGGUGAAUCGGUGGAAUUUUCUGCCACAGAAGGUAGUUGAGGCCAGUUCAUUGGCUAUAUUUAAGAGGGAGUUGGAUGUGGCCCUUGUGGCUAAAGGGAUCAGGGGGUAUGGAGAGAAGGCAGGGAUGGGAUACUGAGUUGGAUGAUCAGCCAUGAUCAUAUUGAAUGGCGGUGCAGGCUCGAAGGGCUGAAUGGCCUACUCCUGCACCUAUUUUCUAUGUUUCUAUGUUUCAACCCGCCAAACAGAGACGCUGCUUAUUCCGCCGAGUUACUCUAGCAUUUUGUAUCUAUCUUCAAGACUUCUAAGAUGUUCUGUGUUUCCAUGAGAUC